UUUCCUCCACGAAGAUGCCCCGCUCAUUCUGCUCUAUCGGUCGACGGCGUGCGGUUCUGGUGCUCCCUCGUAGCUGGAUUUUCGUAGCGUUUCUCUUAGCGGCGUGUCAAGACCCUCUUGAGCAGGCAGCCACCGUUGAAGUACCAGUGACGACACCAUGGAAACGGAGUCGUUGAAUCGCAAGAAUUCCUCGCGGAAGAGCUCCAUUGUGAAUGGGAAUGGAGAUGCCUCGACCAAAUUGACCAACGGAGAUGCAGAUGGCGGCGAUGGCGGCGACGGCGGCGGUGGCGAGGUGACGCUGAAGGCCAAGAUGAGUCUCCUCAACGGCUGCACGGUCAUCGUGGGCUCCAUCAUUGGCUCGGGCAUCUUUGUCUCACCCACGGGCGUGCUGAUGUACACGGGCAGCGUGAACCUGGCCCUCAUCGUGUGGGUGGCUUCCGGACUUUUCUCGAUGGUGGGCGCCUAUUGCUAUGCCGAACUGGGAACGAUGAUCACCAAGUCUGGCGCCGAUUAUGCAUACAUCAUGGAGACCUUUGGACCGUUCAUGGCCUUCAUCCGGCUCUGGAUCGAGUGCAUGAUCGUGCGUCCCUGCUCGCAGGCCAUCGUGGCCCUCACCUUCAGUACCUAUGUGCUGAAGCCCUUCUUUCCCGAGUGCUCCCCGCCAGAAGAUUCGGCUCGUCUCCUGGCCGUUUGCUGCAUCUUGGUGCUGACCCUAAUCAACUGCUGGGACGUUAAAUGGGCCACCGCUGUGCAGGAUAUCUUCACAUAUGCCAAACUGCUGGCUUUGUUCAUCAUCAUUGCGACGGGCAUGUACCAAUUGUCGCUGGGCAAUGUCCAGUACUUUACGUUCGACAACACUGACACCAGAGUCACGUCGCUGGCCCUGUCCUUCUACUCGGGCCUGUUUGCGUACAACGGCUGGAAUUACUUGAACUUUAUCAUCGAGGAGCUGAAGGAUCCCGUCAAGAAUCUGCCCCGCGCCAUUGCCAUCAGCUGCACCCUGGUGACCAUCGUCUAUGUGAUGGCGAAUGUGUCCUUCUACACCAUCCUGUCGCCCGAUGAGGUCAUGGGUUCCUCGGCGGUGGCGGUGACCUACGCGGAGCGAGCCUUCGGGGCGUUGGCCUGGACCAUUCCCGUCUUUGUGGCCUUGUCCACCUUUGGAGCUGUGAAUGGCAUCCUUUUGACCUCGUCGCGUCUGUUCUAUGCCGGUGCCAACGAGGGACAGAUGCCCGAGAUCCUAACGAUGAUCCAGAUCCAGAGAUUCACGCCGACACCAGCUGUGCUGGCCAUGGCCCUGCUCUCCAUGCUGUACCUCACCGUCUCCGACAUCUUUGCGCUGAUCAACUACGUGGGAUUCGCCACCUGGUUGAGCAUCGGCGUCUCUGUCCUGUGCCUGCCGUGGCUCCGCUGGGCCCAGCCCAAUCUGCCGCGUCCCAUCCGGGUGCCGUUGGUCUUCCCGAUUGUCUACCUGCUGGCCACCGUGUUCGUGACCGUGGUGCCCAUGUACGCCAGUCCCGUGGAGACGGGCUACGGCAUUCUGAUGAUCCUCUCGAGCAUACCCGUCUAUCUGGUGUUCAUUGCCUGGAAGAACAAGCCCAUCUGGUUCCAGAAGUUCAUGGGCGGACUGACACAAACCCUACAGAAACUGAUGAUGGUUGUGCGCCCCAAGGCGUCGUCCAAGUAAGCAUCACACACUUCCUACAAAAGCUGCUCAUGGUACUCGGAAGGCAAACGAAACCAGCUCAGGUGUAAAGGAUGUAUGUUCUUCGGGCCAACAGCAAAUGAAAGCAUUUAAACAGACACUCCUCCAAUACGACAUUAUACGACAUUAUAGCCAGCCAAAAGAUACACAUAAAACACAUAGAACUUGCCUGGAAAGGAGAUCUAUUUCCCUGGAAUUCCAAGAUCUCCUGGAAGGUCAUAUUUUUAUAUACACACAGUGUCCAGUGGGCAGACAGCUCUGGGGCUCUGGGGCUCUGGGGCUCUGGGGCUCCAGGGACUAUGCGAAAGACUGUGAAACGAAUGGGAAAUUACAAGGAAAACACAUGCUCCAGAGUCGUUUGCCAAUUUGAAGAUUAUCGAUAGAUCUUUCGAAUAGUUUAAAUGUUUUUUUGCUUGUUCAAGAAAUACCAUAAGAAAUACUUCGAAACUCACUCAUUUGACAGGUUUACAGAGCUCCGAGAUUAGUUCUUAGAAAAGGAUCUAUUAAUUUUAAAGCUUAUACGAUAUAAUUUUAAAGAUACGUUUCGUUUUUUAGUGUAGUCUUAAGUGGCCCGGCAAUUUGAUUUCCACAAUUUGUGUUUAAAUCCAUAAGCAGCACAUUCAGACUAUGAUGUGCCUCGACAAAAACGUUUUUAAUGAGAUUCUGCCAAGGAAAACAGUUCGUGUUCAACGAAUGAGUCCUUUUGCUUAUGGGUAAUUUACAUAUACAGCGAAUCAACGUCAUUCCCAAUAGCAGACUAU